CAGAGAGUUCGCUUCCGGUACACAGAGCGGAGUUCUGACAGGAACGAGUAACGCCACCCGUAGUCAACAUGAGUGUGGAUAUAGGAAUGUACGAGUUUUUGGAGUAUUUUAUCAGCCGUCCGUGGCUGAUAUUGGUCGUUUUCCUUCUGUAUGUAAUCAUGUAUGCACUGUCAGUUAUGUUGACCGGCCCAAAGUCCGGAAAGAAUCCGUUUUCAGCGUCACAUAUCAAGCCGGUUGGAGAUCUCGUAACUGACAAACAGGUGCGCGACAGAGUGAUCAAACAGAGGUUUAAAUUAUCCAAGGUGCCAGAACAAAUAGACGACAUUGUGAUCGGGAGUGGGAUUGGGGGUUUAGGGGCAGCAGCAAUUUUGUCGCGGUCAGGACAUUGUGUCCUGGUACUAGAGCAGCAUGACCAGGCCGGAGGAUGUUGUCACACAUUCCACGAAAAAGGCUACGAGUUUGAUACCGGUAUACAUUACAUCGGUAAGAUGUAUGAGGGAGCCGACAACAGGGUACUCAUCGACAUGGUUACCGGAGGUAAAGUGGAGUAUCCCAGGAUGUCCGACAUUUACGAUGUCGUUUGUCUAGGAGAUCCAAGUAAGGUUAAGAAAUAUAACAUCAAGGAUGAGCGCAAGGCUUUUGCAGAGGAGCUCAUCAAAGAAUUCCCCAACGAAAAGGAGGCCAUUGAAAAAUUCAUGGUCAUGCUCAAGGAAAGCAGAUCCUAUUUGAUGGGAUAUUUUGUGCUGAAAUUUUUACCAAAAUGGCUUGCUUCUUUCCUGUCGGCAACUGGCAUCAUGGGCCUAGUGUUUCGUCCGUGGUCCAAAUAUACGUACCGUUCCACUAAGGAUGUCCUUGACUCCCUCACAGACAAUGAUGACUUGAAGGCUGUGCUCACAUACAGCUUUGGAGACUACGGUGUGGCCCCAUCCAAGUCCCCCUUUGGGCUACAGGCUACCUUGCUGAACCACUACAUGGGUGGAGCGUACUACAUCAGAGGUGGACCUAGUGAGAUUGCACUACAUGCCAUUCCUGUCAUAGAGAAGACUGGCGGGCGCGUUCUCGUCAACGCGUUGGUCAAUAAGAUCAUCCUCAAUCAAAAGGGCAGGGCUAUAGGUGUGGAGGUGAAGACAGGGGAUGGAUCUGCACAGAUAUUCGCGAAACGUAUCAUCUCUGACGCCGGAGUAUCCAAUACCUUUAAGAAGUUACUACCAACGGAAGUGGCACAGAAGUCAAAGAUCUACCCAACAAUUAAGAGUGUGGGGAACAGUCUCUCCUACAUGUCUGUGUUUAUUGGAAUGGAUGGUUCGCAGGAGGAACUCGGUAUCAAGGGACAAAACAUGUGGUGCUUCAACAGGAGUGACCAGGAGAAGGCGAUGUAUGAGUGGCUGGAUCUGUCUGUAGAAGACGCGGCCGUCUCCGAGGUCCCGCUGAUGUUUGUCUCCUUCCCCUCCGCCAAGGACCCUACCUGGGCUAAGCGCUUCCCAAAUAAGAGUACAUGCCUGAUCAUAACUGUGGGAAGAUAUGAGUGGUUUGCACGCUGGGACGCUGAUAAGGUGAAGCACCGCAGUGACGAGUACGAGGGACUGAAGAAUCGCAUGGGAAGACAGAUGUGGAAUCAGCUCACCCUGAUUUGUCCUAAGUUGGAGGGAAGGGAUGACUACUUCGAGGUAGGCUCCCCUCUCAGUAACAAAUACUACCUCGGGUUUGACGAGGGUGAAAUGUAUGGACUGGACCAUACCAUCAACAAAUUCCUCCCAGCUGCUGCCAUCCAACUCCGUCCCAAGACUGACAUUCCAGGGCUCUAUCUGACAGGUCAGGACAUCUUGGUUUGUGGUUUCAGCGGUGCUUUGUAUGGAGGCAUGUUGUGUGCCUCCUCCAUUCUCAAUCGUAACCUCUACAACGACCUUACCAAGGUCGUCAAGGAGGUCAAGGCAGCUAUUAAGGAGGGCAAGAAGACAGCUUAGGAAUUUUGUAUAUAUGUAGUUAGUUAAGUCUUCAUAAAACACCAAAUAAUACGCAAGGAAUCGUUGAACCAAAGCCUUGGUAAAAUUAUUAUACCUGUAUAAGAUAUUUCUAAUUUAAUUCCAUAGUUAUACAUUUACACAAAAAAUCCUAUUAAUUUCUACAGUAAAGUUAUGCAGUGUGUUUUAAGUCUCUUCGAAAGCUGAACUGUUGAUCAGUAUAAAAUAAUGAAAUGUUGACGAGCAAUGAACUGUUGGACCAAUGUGGCCUGGAUAUCAGUGUGUGGGAGGAUCUUAAUGUGGGAGGAUCUUAAUGGUGGAGGAAAAGGAAGUACUCGGAGAAAACCCAUGUGGUCAGGUAGGUGACCCCAUACCAUUUAUGUCCAACCGGGGAAUCGAAUCACGCUUACGGCCACCUUGAUGAAAGGCGAGUGUGUGGUCCACUGUGCCAUCUGACCCCCCACUCGGCAUAUGUUUUGUUAGACCCCCUGAGUCAGGAAGACCAAGUCUGUUAUAUGUAAUAGGAAGUUAAUGGUUUCUCAUUGAAAAUUAAAUGUCACUUGAAAGGUUGUGCUGCAUAUAUGUGAAGAAUAUAAAAAUCAUCUCACCCUCAUAAAAUAUCUUUGAUAUCCAAUGGGAUACCAUUAAACUCCUCUAUAUACUGUAAAUUUACAUAUUUUAGUGGUAUUCUUUUUUUUUCUCGUGCUUUAAACAUGGCACUAAUUUAUUAUAGUGCUAAUUGAUGCUUAAAUAAUUUUCUAUUGUACAUACUAUGAGUGCACCAAUUCAUCAAUGUGCUAGUUUAUUAAAAUUUGAUAAUACAGUGUGUGCUAAAAUUUGUAUCCAUUAAAAUUAGUAAUCUUACGGUAAAUUAUAAUACAUUAUAAAUUCUGAGGAAAAAAAUUGCCAAAUUGAAUAAACAAGUUUAAACUUACUGAAAAUGCCUUGAAAAAUAAUCAAAAAAGCUAUUUGUUUAUUUUUGUGUAAAAUGUUGUUUUGUAUAAUAUGUAACACAGUUUAAUUUCCAUGACAACAAGUGAAAAGGAAAAGGUUUUUCAUAUUAAUAACAAGUUGUUUUGAAUUGUAAAUCACUAAUAUUUAAUAAUCAUUCCACAAUAACAUUAAUCAUAUAUUUAAA